CGCAAAGGCAUCACAAAAGCAGCCUGCUCAUCAUGUCAGCGGCGAAAAUCAAAGUGCGAUGGCAAACGCCCAGCCUGCAGCUCCUGCGUCUUAAAAGAAAGAUCUUGCGAGUACUCGACCAGAGUAGGCGUAUCGAGCCAAGCCGCCAAACGAGAACGACUCAAAAGCUACGCCACCAUUCUGGGACUCGUGAGGGAUGCUGGUCCCGAGGAUUGCGAGAAGAUCUUGCAGGACUUGAGGACGCCAAAGACUUUGAAUGAAGCCAUCAGGAUCGUG